UUAUAAAAUAACUUAUAAUGUCUGAAACGGCAAUGUCCACGGGAACGGAAUCAGCUUAUCGCCAAUCAGAUGAAAGUGAUCUAAGCUUAACUAAUUGUUGCCGUAUUUGCAAACGCAAUGCAGCAAAUGGUGCAAAGCUCCGACCGCUCUUUUCUGGGGAACGUUUAAUACGUAUUAUCGUCAACACAAUACAUAUGGAGAUUAAAGAUGUUCCAGGACUCCCACGCUAUGUGUGCGAAAAGUGUCUGGAUGUGUUAAAAAAGUUUUCCACCUUCCAGUUAGCCUUUCGUCGCUCUGAAGAGAAGUUAUACAUGGCUUUGGAAAGGCGUAAAAAUGCACCCAUGGAAUCACUUAUUACUUUUGCUCACGAAAUUGAAACGGACCGGCAAAAGGAAAAAGAACUAAAGAAGGCAACUACAAAGAAUUCCAAAAAAGAAAAAAAGACAACUAGCCCUAAAUUAAAUUUGGACAAAAAGUUUUAAUUUAUUUGAUGCGUUAUUUUCAGUGUAUUGUGUCUCUAAUAUGAAAUGAAAAAUUUAAACAAUGUUUAUAAAUAAAAAUAAAACUAAACAAUA